AUGCCAUCAUUAUGCCCAUUACUUGCAUUCGCCUUAUUUUCCAUCGUCCUUCAUCUUAUAGCGGGUAAAUCAGUAUUAUCUACUGAGAUUGGCAUGAAAAAACGACUGAAAAACACCGAGCAUUUUGCGUUAAUGGCUAACGAUGACGAUGAUGAUGAUAAUUUUGUUUACAAUAAAUCGCCUGAUUAUGAACAACAAACAUUAAGAAGUCAUUGGUUAGAACAGCUUUAUAAAUUUGUAAUGCUUCAUCAACAACUUCAAGAAAAACAAAAGUCAGGUAUCGACCAUCAUUAA